GUCCUUUAUAGCCAGUAGACAUGAGAUCUUGUAUCGAGGCUCAAGACUGACACCACACAAGGUAUCAGUCUGUUUCACGUCAGCAGUCCAAAGUAAACAGACAAAAAGACAUGGCAUCCGAAUGGGACGAAUCUUUUUUGCAGCAGACAAGAAAGGAGCGUGAGUUACAAUAUUCCCCGUCACAAUGGUACACCAGAAUCAGCCCACGAGCAGCGCUCAUACAGAACCACAUCGAUAUACUAACAAAAGAAAGCGAAGAAGCCAAACAAACCUUGGAGUGUGUACUGGAUAUAUCAUAUGGUGAAAAACCUCUUGAGAAAAUAGACAUUUUCGGUGGGCAAACCUUACCAAAAAAUGCUCCAGUCUUUUGUUACAUACACGGAGGAGACUGGGCCAUGCUCGGGAGGGAGAUGUCAAGUUUUAUGGCCCCUCCUCUGAUGAACAGUGGAAUCAUUGUGAUUCCAAUUGGAUAUCAUAGAGCACCAGAAGUGGACAUGCCAGAGAUUGUAACGGAGGUGAAGAACGCCAUGUCAUUCAUUUUGAAGUGGGCCAGUAAUCGUGGAACACGGUCUGUGUAUGUGGGGGGUCACUGUGCCGGAGGACAUCUUGCUGCUAUGAUGUUGGGUGUUGACUGGACAAAGGAAUCUGGUGUAUCCAAUGACUUAAUCAAAGGUGCAGUACUGGUAGCGGGUGUGUUCGACCUUCGCCCAUUAGUAGAUACUUACAUUGGCGACCCGCUCAGUCUAACAAGUGAGGUGGCCUGGGAGUGUAGUCCCUGCAGAAACGUGGAUACGAUAGCCUCCCUGAGUAGACAUAGGACCUUGAUGGUGGUGAUGGGUGGGAGGGACACGCCAUCAUUCAGACAACAAAGUUGUCAGUUCGCUGAGGCACUGAAGAAAAGAGGUGUGACCGUACUAGUAAAGGACUUUGAGGAAUACGACCAUUUCCAAAUCAAUCAAAACUCCUGGUCAGAGUACAAGGAAAUUGCCAACAUGAUGCUGAUUUAAAAGUGAUACCAGAGGCUUAUAAUAGUUACAUUGAGCGUUCAAUAUCAUUGAUAGGGACACAGAAAAUUGACUUGCUAUGUCAUCUGUAUUUCAAAAAUGAAAAAUACCCUACAGGAGAAGAAUGUGUAAGACAAGUGCAGCAAAUUGUGAAUGCGAAAAUAGCAUGAAUCCAGUAGAUUUUAACAUUUUUACACAUCAAAAUAAGGAGAGUAUUAUAUACACGUAGACAAAUGUUCUUCUCGUCUCAUUGAAUUUUGUUUUGACGAAGAAUAGAAUAAUAAUAAAAUAUCAUUAAAACGAACAUAAGAUUAAUCAA